AUGGAGCCGAAGACGACACCGAAGCGGUGGCAGCUCAGCGGGACAGACUAUGCAGACCCGCAGCGAGUCCACAGCCUGCGGGCCGAAACCCGCUUCAGUACCUGGACCCCCCUGAACAACAAGACCAACAACCUGCAGUUAUUUGAGGAGAGGGUGAACCUUGUGCUCCACUGGUUUGACUUGUGGACCGACAGACAGAGGAAACACCUGCUGCACACUCUGCUCACACGUUGCAGCAGGUCACAGCUCAAGCACUGUAGGGAUUUGCUGAUCGAGACCAUUCCUGUGACUCAAGUGGACUUCACGGCGGUGCUGCCUCGCUUCCUGUCCCUGUAUGUGAUGUCAUUUCUGAGCCCCCGUGACCUGUGCUCCGCCGCCCAAGUCAGCUGGCACUGGAGGUUCCUGGCAGAGCAGGACUGUCUGUGGGCAGGCCGGUCGAUCAGAAGAGGCUGGUUUCUUCCCUACUCUCCAGGAGAGAAAGAAUUCGGAGCAUGGAAGAACCACUAUGUCUCUUGCGUCUCCACACUGGACCUGCUCACUCCACGGGAGGCGGCCGAGCAGUACGGGACCCUCAACCAGCAAAGCACGGAGGUGGAGGAGGAGGAGGAAGAGAGGAGGAAGGAGAGGAGGAUCAGGAAGCUGAUCAGAGACAAACUACAGGAGGAGAAGAGCCUGUCUGUGAGAACCAGGAGAGCCUGGGGCAGCUAUACAAAGCCAGACGGAGCUGGAGGUGGAAGUGCCCAGACAGGGAGACCCAGCUCUGGACUAACUCUCAGCUCUUGGCCCUCGCUGUCCUGGCUUCCAAGGACUGAUGGGUCUCCCAGCCUCUGUCUUAGCCUGGACAGAGGACAGCCCGUGACUGCAGCACCCAGCUUGGACAGAGUCGAGACCUCCCGUCCUCACAGUGAGAGAAUGAGCAAAGUCAGUGGGGCUUUGUCCACCUUCACCUACAGACCUGCUCUGCCACAGCCGGUCCCUUCAGUCCAUCUACCCUCUCCUGCCCUCUUACUGCUGAUCUCCAGUCAGAUUCCUGCCUAUGAGCUGCUGCUGAGUGGUGUGAAGGCAGGAGUCAUUGUGGUUCUGUAUGACCACAGAGGGACACUCUCUGCUCUGUUAACCCAGGCGGAGAGAGCUAUUUCUGGCCAGAGAGCUCAGAGGCUGGGCCUGCUGGCUCCAGGAGGAACGGAGGAAAUCCGCCUGCUUCACAGUAGCAGACUGUCAGAGAGGACUCUACUGACCCCCAGCCACAGAGAAUUCUGGGAAAAACUAAGUGGCUGGGUGGCACCAACAGAGGAAGGGGGAGGGAUUGACUUGUUCUCCCCGCUGGCUGCAUCUGCAUCGGGACUGGCUCUCAUCCAGACUCUGUCUACUCUGACUGGGCUGGAGGUUCAGGCGCCCAUGGGUCUUGCCACCGGAAGUUUCCAGAACAUCCUGGGUGAGUGGUCUGAUGGCAGAGUGUGCACCGGACUCUUGGACCAGCAUCCAGGAGCCCCAGCACUGCGGUUUGUGUGUGAGAGCAUCCUGCAGGGCUGGUGCAGACAGGCACAGUGGAUGGAGGAAGCUCUGGAGGAGCUGAGGGCCUGCUUGGGGCCACAGCUACAGCGGGUCGGCCUCCAGGCCAGGGGCCGAGCUCUGGGUCAUUUUCUGUGGGAGACAAUCUGCCUCGAGGAGCUUCGUGUGUCCAAAGAUCUAAAUGAGGCUCUGACAGAGGGACUCACUGCUCUCACAAAACAGGAAGAGACCAGGCCUUUGGAGUUUAUCGCCGUCUUCCUGACAAAAUGGCUUGAGGAGAAGGAAAGUGAAGAGAGCAGUGGAGAGGAAAAGUGUGGAAACGAAGGAGCAGAUGAUUUCUCUUUAGCACCACAUCGCUCACAGAAAUGUCUCAGCCGGAUACCUGCGCUACCACAGGCAGCGUUUGACUGGAGAGGUGCAGUUGUCAGAGAGCUGCACCACAGUGAGUGUGCCUAUCUGGGGAGGCUGAGUGCUGUGCUGAAGGUGUACCAGGAGCCUCUUACAGCAGCCCUGAACUCCAACAGAGCCAUUCUGAGCUACGCUGACAUACACAUUGUCCUCAGCCCUGUCAAACAAAUACUGGAGCUCAACAGGGUGUUUGAGGCAGAUUUACAAGCCAGGCUGCGGCAGUGGGGGGCAGAGCAGUGUGUCGGAGAUGUGUUUGUGAAACUGUGCUCAAAGCUCAGAGUCUACACCAACUACCUCAACAACUACACCACCGCCCUCAGCACCAUCGACAAGUGCAGGGAGACGAAGCCUCCAUUUCGGGCUUUCCUGAAGAGAGCUGACAGGACUCCUGCAACAUACAUGCUGAGCCUGCAGGAGCUGCUGCUGUGUCCGGUGUGGAGAAUACAGGAGUAUGUGACUCUGCUUCAGGCUCUGUCUGUGCACACACCCUCUGGUCACCCUGACCACACACACCUGUCCUCGGCCCUCGACACCCUGCUGCGAUUCAGGGCGUUCAUGCAGAAGUUAAAACGUAACUUGGAUAGAGACAGGCUGAUGGAGGAAACGCAGCAGAUGAUCCAAGGCUGUCCGCGCCUCAGUGAAGGAAACAGGCAGCUCAUAAUAACUCAGGAGGCUGCUUUGCUCAGGUGCCCCGAUGAACAGAUUCCAGACUCGCUCAGGACGUAUGAGCAGGUGUCUGAUGUGGGCCUGUUCCUCUUCAACGAUGCUUUGGUGUUGACGCGCCGAAAUGUGCGUCACACACCAUUCACGCUGGCUCACCGGAGCACACACACUUUCCUGGCCUCCGUGGCUCUCGCCAGCCUGGCUGUCAGGGAGAUCACACACACACGCUAUGUGAGUCACGCCUUCGUCCUGGAGGGUCCUUGUCGUUCCUGGGUUUGUGCCACAGAAAGAGGUGAAGAGAGAGAGCACUUCCUGUCUGCGCUGCGUUCAGCCAUCAGCUCUGCUCUGACCGGAGAUCAGUGACUGGCACGGCAAGAGGAGGUUAGGACACCACUGUUGGCACUUUUUAAGUGAAAACGUUCACCUCCAAACAUUUGCCCUAUUUUUUUGUUUUAACUGGCAUUUUGAGUAUCUUACAUCCACCGUAAAAGUAUUUUUUAUUUUUUACUUGAUGAUAUAGGUAAAAAAAUUGUUUAAUUAGUCAACAUAAGAGAAUAUUGUCUUUGUCUUGUCACUGGAUUUGUGAUACUUGGAAGUUAUCAAGUAUAUUGUCACUUUGACAUUUUGCCCAAUCUUGCUUUUAAUGAGCUGGGAGGCUCAACAUAUUACAUCAACCAGUAUCAUAGUUAUUAUAAAUUUGCACGCAUCUUCACGGCUUCCCAAUGCUUCAUAUGUUGCUCGCUGUCAGCUGGAUGCUUGUUUGACGCUUGAAGGCACGCAGUACCUGAACUAAAUUACACUUCAGUGGCAUGACGCUCACAAAACUCUAGCUGUUGCUUCUGCAUUGUUGCGCUCUGAACCUGUUGUCGUGGUUGUAGUUAAAAACUGCUGUGGUGGGUUUUGUCCUUGUGCUUGUGUUUUGUGUAAAGCGAAACCAGUUGAAAACCAAAAGCACACCUAACAUUUGCCAGACAAUCACAGCGUCAGCUUUGGCAAAUAGCUGCUGUACUCGACAGUCAGAUUUGUUCUCGUUUCACUGUUUACAGUUCCACAUUUUUUAUAUAUGUAAGUAUGUAGUCACUAUACGCAAGUGCAAGUUUUCAGUUUUAAUAAAGCUAAAUGUUACAAAGCUACUUUUUCAGUUUCAUUUUCUAAAAUAACUUUGAUUUAAAAAAAAGUUCAAGUCUUUAUUUUUAUAAAUCUUUGUGUUUUCUGUAGUUUUUUAAAAUCAUACCAGGGACAUUUCUCUUCUUUCAGGU